AUAUAAAACCUCGAUUUAGGGUUUGAAGCUUGAGCAGAGGUCUGAGCUCUGAAGCAGGAGACGGACGCCGCAGGAGGACACUGACGUUGACGGAUAAGGAUGUCUCACAGGAAGUUUGAACACCCUAGGCAUGGUUCCCUUGGGUUUCUGCCAAGGAAACGAGCUUCUCGUCAUAGGGGAAAAGUGAAGGCUUUUCCCAAGGAUGACCCAAGCAAGCCCUGCAAGCUUACUGCUUUCUUGGGUUAUAAGGCUGGGAUGACACACAUCGUGAGAGAGGUCGAAAAACCUGGGUCAAAGCUUCACAAAAAGGAGACAUGUGAGGCUGUGACAAUUAUUGAAACACCUCCAAUGGUUGUUGUUGGGGUGGUUGCUUAUGUCAAGACGCCCCGUGGCCUUCGCUCUCUGAAUACGGUCUGGGCUCAACAUUUAAGUGAGGAAGUGAAAAGGAGGUUUUACAAGAACUGGUGCAAAUCCAAGAAGAAGGCCUUUACAAAGUAUUCAAAGAAGUACGAAACUGAUGAGGGCAAGAAAGAUAUUCAGGCACAGCUUGAGAAAAUGAAGAAAUAUGCAUCCGUCAUCCGUGUUCUGGCUCACACUCAGAUAAGGAAGAUGCAAGGAUUGAAGCAAAAGAAAGCACAUCUUAUGGAGAUCCAGGUGAAUGGUGGAACAAUUGCACAGAAGGUGGACUAUGCAUAUGGUUUCUUUGAGAAGCAGAUCCCUGUGGAUGCUGUUUUCCAGAAGGAUGAGAUGAUUGACAUCAUUGGUGUGACAAAAGGUAAAGGUUACGAAGGUGUCGUCACUCGUUGGGGUGUCACCCGUCUGCCUCGUAAAACUCACAGGGGUUUGCGCAAAGUGGCUUGUAUUGGAGCAUGGCAUCCUGCCAGGGUCUCCUUCACUGUUGCCAGGGCUGGUCAAAAUGGUUACCACCACCGUACUGAAAUGAACAAGAAGGUCUAUAAGCUUGGAAAGUCUGGGGAUGAGUCCCACAAUGCAAUGACCGAGUAUGACAGGACUGAAAAGGACAUAACACCCAUGGGUGGAUUCCCUCACUAUGGUAUUGUGAAGGAUGAUUACCUCUUGAUCAAGGGUUGCUGUGUUGGGCCCAAGAAGAGGGUUGUCACACUCCGCCAGUCCCUGUUGAAGCAGACAUCUCGUUUAGCUCUUGAGGAGAUCAAGCUCAAGUUUAUUGAUACAUCCUCAAAGUUUGGACAUGGUCGCUUCCAGACCACCCAGGAGAAGCAAAAAUUUUUCGGGAGGUUGAAGGCUUAAGUAUGAGAUUUGACCGGAAAUUUUUGGCUAUUACCUAGGGAGCAAGAGAUUUUAAAUUUUGGAUGGUGUUCUUGGAGGGAAGUGUUUGUCAGGGUACAAGUUAUGUUUCAUUCAGUAGGAAUUUUUGGAAUGCUAAUAAUGAACAAUAUUUAGUUAUUCUAUUGUUAAACUCGUCA